CGUCUGUUUCUUUUUUUUAAAAAAAAAAAAAUAUUUAACAUUUAUGGUAUAGUACUAACUAUUAGCACAAUAAUAAACAACUGGAGUAAAUAAUUACUAGUUAAAAUUAGCCCCUUAAAUAAGGUCUAAAUUCUUUUAUUUAAAUUCAUAUUAAAAAGGCAAGUUGAAAAUGUCUAGAAGAAGGCAUAAAGUCAACAAAAAUAUGAAAUCAGAUAACUCUCGAACCAAAACCAGUGUUAAAAGAGGAAGCAAAUAUGGCAAACAAAACAAGAAUUACGAAAGAACCUGCUUCAAUUUUUUUUCCUUGUCAGAUUUCUUAAUCCAUGAAUCUAAAUACAAGAAUCUACUAACUGCGGAACAAACUAAUAUAUUUCAAGAUGAAGAUUUACAUCCUUUGGAUCCAAUCUUAAUUAACACUUAUAAAGAUUUAUUGAAGUUACCUGUUUUUAUAAAAGACCAAAAUAAAUUUGAUCGUGAUAUUGAGCACGAUAUUCAACCAAUUAUAAAAAAUAUAAAAAAAGAGAUAGAUUAUUCCAUUGAGAAUGAAAGCAAGACUCAGAUACAAUCUCCUGAUAAACAAACUUGCCUUGAAAGGUUUUUAGAAUCUGAGAUAAAAAUCGAGUAUAAUACUAAUGCACCAGAUGAAAAUAAUUAUUUUUUUAACAGUUUGUAUAACAAUACUAGAGCAAAUGAAUGUAUUAAAAUAGAAGCUUUUUCUGAUGAUGAUAAAAAUAAUUAUGACGAAAUAACAUCCGAGUCCAACUUGCUACAUAUACCUGACAUUAAAAAUGAUUCAACAAUAAAAAUAAUAAAUACAUAUCAUUUAGAGACUAAUUCUAGCAAUUUUCACAAGAUACCCUAUUGUUAUUCGGAAUCUGAUUUAAAUACUUUGGAAAUGAAAUAUGCAAAUAAUGUUGUUAUUCAAACAAACCAUGAUUAUGAUUCGGACAUAAAAGAACAUAGGGACAUUUCAAAACAAAUUUCAAAUGAUUAUGAUUGUAAAGAAAUUAAGAAAGAACCAGAUUGUAGUGAUAAUGAAUUACAUGGGCAAAUUGAACUUGAAUGCAAUUCAGAAAAUGUAUAUAAACUUCCAAUCAUUACUGAAUGUUACUCGAUUGACGUAUCAAAAUGUGUAAGCAAUAAAAUUAUUUCCGAUGAACAAAGCAAUAAUAGAAAGUUUCUUGAAUCGGAAUUGAAUGCAACAGACUAUAAAACACAUCCAAGUCAAAAAGUGACUGAUCACAAUUCUGAUAAUGAAAGAUGUAUUAAUAUACAUACAAAUUCUAACAUAAAUCAGAAUAGCGCAAUCAAAAGAAAGGAUGCUGUUUAUAAAAGUCAUUUCUAUGACAAACGAUAUAAAGAGUUUGUUAGAAAAUUUAAUAAUUUUCGUUCAAAUGGUUUUGUUUCUAAGAAAAAACUAUCUGAUGAGAAAGUAAACAGAAUGAGACCAAUUAGGGAGAAUAUUCACAAAGAAACACUCAGUUUAAAUUCAUCAUAUAGAUGUGAUACAUGUGAAAGUGUUUUUAGCGAAGAAUUUUUAUUAAAUAUUCACAUUGAAUCGCAUAACACUGUAAAGCCUUUCAAAUGUAUAAUUUGUAACAAAUGUUUUGUACGGGAAGAAUUACUUAUCAACCAUUACAAUAUACAUACAGAUGGAAAUAAAUAUGAAUGUGAUCUUUGCUAUAAAAUAAUUGUUGGAAAACCUGCACUAGAGUCUCAUAUCAGUACUCAUUCUUCAAGUAAAACAUAG